CUUGUCUUAAGUAUGAAGGUAUACCAACUAAGUAUGAAGGCUGUGUAGAAAAAUACAAGAAAGCAAGACGCAAUGAAGCGGCUACGACCCAUAAACCUAUUAAUAUAAGGACCUCGUCACAAUAAAGAUGAUGAGGCAAGCUCCCAGUAUCGCGACGCUCUGCGGCGGAUGCUUCUCGAUCCGCGUGCUUGCUGCGUUCCUCUUCGCGGGAAUAUUCUUGUCGCAGGUUUUUUUAGCGUUGUAUCUGAGCUACUUCAACGCUGACCCCACUACGCGAUCCGGAGAACACGACGCUUUGGAAAAGCAUUUGCUGGCGAGCAAAGAUGCGAGUCAAGUUACGGCUCAUGAUGAAUCAUCGUCACAGACGAGUACUAUUGCUCUUCGUUUCCUUCUACUUGGGAUGAUCUGAAGAGAUGACGCUCAUCGCCAAAGAGUAUGCCUUUCAGAUGAACUUCUGAAAUAUUAAACAAAGAUGGAAAUAUUGUGAGCUCCAAGCAAGAUUCGUCGCAAGAUGGUGGAGCUAGCACAGGAACAACAAUUGGAGCACUUAGUGCUACGGCUCGAACAGCACAUAAUCUAGGCAGUUUUUACUGGCGCAUGAGCAGAAGUGUCCUCGUCAGCUACUUGAACAUCGGGAGUGAAUUAAAACCGUGCGAUGAGGUAGAUGAUUCAGCGAGUAUUGCGGAACAGAUCGCUGAAGAAGCGCUGCAUUUUAGUCUCGAUGACGCUGGUCACGUCAUCGGAGGGCGAGGAAGCACCAGUGGUCGCAAUGAGGAUGGUACACUCGCAAUAGGACCACGAGCCGGCGAAAGCACCAAGGGCGAUCAAGACGAGAAAAACAAGGCUGGCGCUUCAUCUUCGAGUGCUAUUUCCUCAGACACAGGGAAAGACUCUUCUGGCCUAAGAGGACCCAGUGGCGCAUCAGCACCCGAGGAUUUGAAUCUAGCUAACAUGGACUCGGAGGCAGCCCACGUGAUUGCGAAUAUCGGGAGUGGGCGGUUGAAUAUGAC